AACAUUGCUCAUGUGUUUGCUGCAAGAGAGAUUUUAUCGUAUUUGAAAUUGGUUAUUAUUUUCAAUUAAUAUUUGCACUAAGCGAAGUAUCUUAGUUUGUUUAUUGUUUGGAACAUCAAACCACCCGUCAUAAUUAAAGCAAACAUGAGCGUUUUUAGGGGUCUCACGCGUCAUGCUGUUAAUUCUGUCCGUUUGAUGACUACUAAGCCAUUCAAUAAGCAAUUUCCAAGGAAUUUAAAUGAAGUCAAGUUGAUUGGUUCUGUAUCUAAUGUGCACACCAAUAAGAAUAACGACACAUUUCUUUAUUUAUCCACUUAUGAAAACUAUAAAUCAUAUUCUAUACACAAAGUUGUAAUACCUGUAUUUACAUUAGAAAAGUUUCCGGGUUCUAUAGAAGAGAAGCAAAAACUCUUCAUUACUGGUCAAUUACGGGCUAAGGAAUUCAAUGAUGAAAAUGGCAAACGCGGAACAUCGGUACAGAUUGUGGCACACAAUGUUUUUCAGUGUGAAAAUAAUAACGAUAAUAAUAAAUUGGAUGAUCAAAAUCAUGUAGAAAUCGAAUCAUAUAUAUGGACCGAUGUAAAGCAUAAAGAGAAUCUCACUCAUUUUCAUGCAGACUUACGAUAUUUGAAGAAAAAUCGAAUAAAUAAUGGACAAUUUGAUGAAGUGAAUAAUUUCAUGCCGGUUAUGAUAUACGAUGAAAUAUUACGAAAAUCAGUAUUUGAUAGUAGCUUGAAUAGAUUGGACAAAGUGCGAGUUGAAGGUUCGCUAAAAAACUCACGAUGCACUGAUGACACUGGCAAAACUCAAUUUAAAACGAUUAUAGUGGCAAAUAGAGUCUCAAAAUUGUUAACCAUCACAAAAGUUAUCAAAGAAAAAGAGCAAAUCAUUUUAAACUAAUUGUUACAAUGUUCAUAGGAUUUUUUCGGAAUAAAGGAUUAAAUGAAGAUUUGACACGAACAGUAGAUGUCAUAAAAUAAAAAAAA